AUGUCUUUAGAUGAAGUUACAAGUGAGCAUUUUGGGUUCAAAUUGAUUACUUCAUCACAAGGGGUGAAGGUUUUCGAUUCUCCUAUCCCAUUUGAAUCCGUAAACUCUAGAGAUGUUAGUCUUUUCACCAUUGCCAACAUCAAUGGGUAUUUUGCAUGUUCCAAUCUUAAUUCCAUUAUAUUGGAAAGUACGAAAAAAUUGAACGACAUAAAUAAUGAUAAUGAAGAGGGAUUUUCACUGUCUUCAUGGCAGAAAAUUACGGGCCUCAAUGAUGUCACUAAACUUCAAUUCAAUGCGGAUGAAUCCAAGUUGAUUAUAUUAGAUGAUGGAGUUGUAAAGUAUAUAGAUGCUAUAAAUUUUUCGAAUGUUAGCCAAGAUAACAUUAAAAUCGUAGAGACGAGCUUACCAGCUGGAGAAAAAGUUACUGAUUUGGCAAUUUCACCAACAGUUCCAUCUGAUAUCUUAGCUUUAGCCUCUGGUAAUUUGUAUUUAAAUAUGGAGAAGAAAAUAUUAGAUGCUGAAGAGGUUGUAGAAGCAUUUUCUUGGGGCAUUAAUGGUAACUCAAUUGUGUAUUCGAGUGGAGCAGGAGUAAAAGUAGCUACUCUACAAGGAAAAACUACUGCAGCAUCACAUGAAAUUGCCUCCCAGGAAGAUGAUCAAAGAGUCUUGGUAUGUAAAGAAAUCGGAUAUCAUGUGUACCUUGUCGUGUUUGGCGGCAGAGAAUUGGAUCCAGACGACCAAGACUUUAUUAGCACUGUCAUUGAGUGUGAUGAAAGUUGGGGGGUGAAGGCAACGUACGACACUUUUGUUGCUGAUCCCUUUGGAGCUCCAAGAAUUGGUACCUACUAUAUAGAAACUAUUCACAACUGGUGGUCUAAGGACCAGACAUUAGCAUUUAUAACAUCGGCAAAGGCAAGUGAAAUCAGUACAAUUGAAUGCUCGAGCGAUGUUCCAGCACAGUCUUUGGUGCAUAUGAAUGAUACGGACAAAGCUCUGUUUCCUGUAAAUGAAGAAACAGACGAUGACGUCUCGUCAGUAGGAAUAGCAGUGGAUCUCACAGCUGUUGAUGUCACUGUUGAAAACCCUUGUUUGGGAGUAGACUCUGCCACUGGAAAAUUACCAAGACUUUGGAAUUUGACCCAAGAAGGAACUUUAAUUGGUUGGUGGGUCUUCGAAUCAGUAGUACUAAAGGAUAAAAACAUAGGAAUUGAGGGUCCAAUUGAAUACAUAAAGAAAAGUAUAACCGAAGCAGUGGUGACUCCUAUAGCUUCUAAAGAAAGUGAAAAUGCACCUAUUAAUGUUGACCUGAAGACUGAUAACGUAUUCGGUAAAUCAACCAAUCCAUUUGGCUCAAGUCUGUCAUCUGCAUUUGCAUCUAGUGAUAAUAAAGCCCAGGGUUUCGGAUCAAGUAGCUUUGGUAAUUUAAGCGGAAACAAGCCCGCUUCUGUUGGAUUUGGAUCUUCCGGAUUUGCUGGUUCAUCCACUGAAAAUAAAAGUAGCACACCAAGUGGAUUUGGAUCUUCAGGAUUCGGAUCAAAUAGCUUCGGUUCCUCUGAAACCAAACCUGCUGCUGCUGGAUUUGGCUCUUCAGGUUUUGGAUCUAAUAGCUUUGGUACAUCAAAAGAGAAUAAGCCAAUCGCUACUGGUUUUGGGUCUUCGGGCUUUGGAUCAAGCAGUUUUGGCGCUUUAACAGAAAGCAAACCAACUGCGACUGGCUUCGGGUCCUCAGGCUUUGGAUCAUCCGGAUUUGGAGCUCAAGCUACUGAAAGCAAAGCUAGCACAACUGCAAGUGGGUUUGGAUCCUCAGGAUUCGGCUCAAAAAGUUUUGGCUCUUCAGCUGAUGAUAAAUCAGUUAGAAAGGAGCCAGCUGCCAGUGGAUUUGGAUCAUCAAGUUUGGGAAGCGCUGAUAAACCGGCUGCAAUUGGAUUUGGAGGGUCAAGUUUUGGAAAUUCUGAUAAGCCAUCACCAUUUGGGUCAUCAUCUACGACUAAUAGUGGAUUUGGCGCUUCAAGCUUCGGAAAUACUGAUAAGCCAUCACCAUUUGGGACAACAUCUACGACUAAAAGUGGAUUUGGCGCUUCCAGUUUCGGAAAUCCUGAUAAGCCGUCACCGUUUGGGUCAUCAUCUACAGCUAAAAGUGGAUUUGGUACUUCAAGUUUCGGAAAUACUGAUAAGCCAUCACCAUUUGGGUCAUCAUCUACAGCAAAAAGUGGAUUUGGUACUUCAAGUUUCGGAAAUACUGAUAAGCCAUCACCAUUUGGGUCAUCAUCAACCAAAAGUGGAUUUGGAAGUCUUGCUGCAUCCCCUUCACCAUUUGGAGCUUCUGCAUCUGGAGACAGCCCAUUUAGUGCUAAUAAUAAAGCUACAGAACCGAGCCCUUUUGCAAAAUUCGCUCAACCAACUAAAACUACUAAGCAAGAAAGUCCAUUUGCUAAAUUAUCUGAGCUGACGUCAUCUUUAGGCUCUGAAAUUGCCACUCCAAAUCAAAGUAAGGAGCCUAGCCCAUUUGCGAAAUUCUCGCAAUCCAGUGAAGCCCCAAAGCAACAAAGUCCUUUUGCUAAACUAUCUGAACCAGAUGCAUCAUUGAAAGCAGAGGGCCCAGUGACUAGUGAAAAUGAAGCUGAGCAAUCUAAACAGGAAGGAAUUCCAUUUGAUAAGGCUCCUCUGAAGCUUAAAGAUCCUGCUGAGGAAACUUCAACACAAAGUAGCAAAUCUACUGGCCUCUUCACUGAAAAGCUGAACCUUUUCAAUCCUGAUAUUCUUGAAAAAGAGCCUAAAAAGGAUAUUUUUGGAUCUUCCUCAAGUAACUUAUUUGGAGAUCUUAAUAUUUCUGCAAAUAACAAAGACAGUACUUCCUUGCUCAGUUCCGGCUUCAAUAAACCUGUACAGUCCUUAACCAAUGACUCGACUGAAAAGCUCACUCCAGAAACAAUCUCUUCAUCGAAAUUCGAACCUCAAGAUAGUGAUAGUGAAUUUCCAGGUGCAUCUUCAGAUGAAGAAUUCACAGAGAUCAGCCGUGAAGAGACUGAACCUUUACGUGAAUCUGUCAAAACUGAGCGCAAUGUACCAGUAGGGACAAGGAAUUCCUUCGACGAUAACAUUGUAGUUCAUGAGUCAAAGGCGAAUGAACCAGAAGAAAAUGAAAGUGAAGAAUAUGAUGAAGAAGAAAAUUUCGAAAUAAUAGAGCCAGUUUUGGAACCAACCACAAAAUGUGAGCCUUUAUUGAGUUUCCAAGGUAUUUCACCACCACCAAAGAGACUUAUGCCGGAGAAUCCUGUCCUGCAAAAAAUGAAUGAAAUAUACAACAACACGUCUGGAGUUUUAGAAGUAUGUGAAGCUAACCUUGAAAUUCUUGCAGACUACGUCGAUAACAUGGAAAAUAGAGAUGGGGAUGAAUUUUUGGAUGAAGAGUCUUUGGAUCUUCCAGAACUUUGGGGCAUUGCUACUGUCUCAAAUAAGAUACCUGAAAUCAUACUGGCUUACUCGGAAGAUCUUGAGAUUUUAACUAAAACACAACGGGAACAGAAUAAAAAAUUGGAUGCCUUGACGAGUAAAUUGGAAGAUAGUAAUGUACAAAGAAUUAAGGUUGAUCGAUUACUUUCACAGUUGGCUGUCAUGGUUCUGGGUCAAUACACAUCAGCAAAGCAAAGACCAUUGGAUUAUGCAAAUGAACAGAUGCAAAUCAAGCUUCGUCAAAAGGUACGAAUUUUCGAAAAGAAAUUAGAAGAAUUCAAACAGAAGAUAAUGCCAUUAAAAAUCAAAGCAUCUCCUAGUGACAUUAUUCUUGACAAUGUGGAAAAAUGCAUAUUCAAUUUAAAUGAGGAAGUGAUGAAUCACUUGAGUAAGAUUGAUCAUUUGAAUGUGAUGCUCUCAGAUUUGAGCAUUGAUCAAAAGAAAAGUGGAGCUGUUAUCAACUCCAAGUCUGAUUGUUUGACUGCUGUCGAUUAUGAAGAUGAAAUAACAAAGAGAUGGGAGUUUGCUGAUAAUAUAGCUAAGAAGCAAAUACGCCCUACUAGAGCUAUAAUUCGUUAG